UUGACUUGCAUGCUCCAAAGCAAACUAGUGGGAGCUCCAACGCAUCCCCAUGGGUACUUGCGCAGUUCUUGUUCCUGUUUUGUUUGUGUUAUUGGCUUUGAGCGUAUGCUCUGCCACUAGAAUUCUCCUCACUCAUGAUGAAGCAGCUGGCAUCCCAGUUUAUGCCUAUGCCACUGGUCAUGGAGGUGGGGGUGUUGGUGGAGAAGGUGGUGAUGGUGGAGUUGGUUAUGGUGCUGGAGGCAAGCAUGGUGUAGGAUAUGGAAGUGGGGGUGGAAAAGGUAGUGGCACAGGCUAUGGUUCUUCUGAAGGAUAUGCUGGUGGUGGUGGUAGUGGUGGUGGUAGUGGUUUUGGUAUUGGAGGUGAGCAUGGUGCAGGAUAUGGAAGUGGUGGUGGGGAAGGUGGUGGCCACGGAGCUGGAUAUGGUGGAGAACAUGGAGUUGGAUAUGGGGGUGGUGGUGGCAGUGGAAAUGGAGGUGGUUAUGGCGGUGUUGUAGGAGAGCAUGGCACGGGUUACAACCAUGGCGUCGAAUAUGGAGCUGGAGGAGGCAGUGGUGGUGGAUAUGGUGGUGGAGAUGACCAUGGUGUAGGGCAUGGAGGUGGUAGCGGGAGUGAUGGUGGAGGCGGCUAUGGUGUUGGUGGAGAACAUGGUACUGGUGGAGGUUAUGGUGCUGGAGGGGGAUAUGGUGGUGGAGAAGGGGGAGGAUAUGGCGGUGCUAGUGGAGAACAUGGUGAAGGAGGUGGCGGUGGAAGUGGUGGUGGCAGUGGAGGAGGUUAUGGAGCAGGAGGAGCACAUGGAGGAGGAUAUGGUGGAGGAGAAGGAAGUGGUCAUGGUGCUGGGGCUAUAGGUGGAUAUGGUGGUGUUGGAGGAGGAGGUGGUGGUGGAAGUGGUGGUGGCGGUGGAGGAGGUUAUGGAGCAGGAGGAGCACAUGGAGGAGGAUAUGGUGGAGGAGAAGGAAGUGGUCAUGGUGCUGGAGCUAUAGGUGGAUAUAGUGGUGUUGGAGGAGGUGGUGGAAGUGGUGGAGGUGGUGGAAGUGGUGGUGGCGGUGGAGGAGGUUAUGGAGUAGGAGGAGCACAUGGAGGAGGUUAUGGUGGAGGAGAAGGAGAAGGAGGUGGUCAUGGUUCUGGAGCUAUAGGUGGAUAUGGUGGUGUUGGAGGAGGUGGUGGUGGUGGAAGUGGUGGAGGAGGAGGUUAUGAAGCAGGAGGAGCACAUGGAGGAGGAUAUGGUAGUGGAGAAGGAGGUGGUCAUGGUGGUGGUGGUGGCAGCGGUGGCAGUGGAGGUGGUUAUGGUGCUGGAAGUGGGUAUGGAGGCGGAGGCGACGGUGGCAGUGGAGGUGGUUAUGGUGCUGGAAGUGGAUAUGGAGGUGGUGGAGGUCAGGGUGGUGCCCAUGGUGGUGGCUAUGCGCCUUAAACUAAGCCAAAAUUAUUUUUAAUUUUUAUUAUCUACCGUAAAAAAUAAUGUCAUCUCAUUCUCGAUUAGAGGGGUGAAAAUAAAAUUAAUUGUUUGAUUAGCAUCCACUAUUACAAUAAUUAUUAUUAUUAUUAUAUAAUUGCUAAUUAAUUACUUGAACACUUGGUGUUUAAAGAAAUCAUUUAUUUUAAUGUAUUUCUGUAUUACUAUUAAUACUAGAUAGAGUGUUUAUUCUCUGGCAAGUAGACUCGAAAUCACUUCUCCACCAUGUUUUAUUCUUUAUCAGAUUCUAAAAGAUAGUGCAUUAAUGUAUUUAUAGUGGAGAGCAUGUGCUCUAAAAAACCAAAUAUAACUCCUUCUACA